AUGAACAUGCAAGACGCUAACAAAGAAGAGUCGUACUCGAUGUACCCGAAAACCUCUUCUCCACCACCACCUACGCCAACCAAUAUGCAGAUUCCUAUUUAUCAAGCGCCUUUGCAGAUGUACGGCUACACUCAGGCCCCAUAUCUAUACCCCACACAAAUACCUGCCUAUUCGUUUAAUAUGGUCAACCAAAACCAGCCAAUCUACCAUCAAAGUGGCAGCCCACAUCACUUGCCUCCGCAAAACAAUAUUAACGGCGGAAGCACUACCAAUAACAACAACAUUAACAAGAAGAAGUGGCACUCUAAUGGCAUUACCAAUAACAAUGGAAGCAGCGGUAAUCAAGGCGCCAACUCUAGCGGUAGCGGCAUGAGCUACAACAAAUCCCACACCUACCAUCACAAUUACUCUAACAAUCAUAUCCCCAUGAUGGCCUCUCCAAACAGUGGCAGCAAUGCGGGCAUGAAAAAACAGACCAACUCUUCCAACGGCAACGGUUCUUCGGCUACUUCACCAUCGUACUCUUCCUACAACUCUUCUUCACAGUAUGAUUUAUACAAGUUUGAUGUCACUAAAUUAAAGAAUCUCAAGGAAAAUUCAUCAAACUUGAUUCAAUUGCCACUGUUCAUAAACACUACGGAAGCAGAAUUUGCUGCGGCAAGUGUCCAAAGGUACGAAUUAAACAUGAAGGCUUUGAACCUAAACUCUGAAAGCUUAGAGAACUCAUCUGUAGAAAAGAGCUCUGCCCAUCAUCACACAAAAAGCCAUAGUAUACCAAAGCAUAAUGAGGAAGUAAAGACAGAAACACAUGGGGAAGAAGAAGAUGCUCAUGAUAAAAAACCACAUGCGAGCAAAGAUGCGCACGAGCUUAAAAAGAAAACUGAAGUAAAGAAAGAGGAUGCUAAGCAAGACCGUAACGAAAAAGUUAUACAGGAACCUCAAGCUACUGUUUUACCUGUAGUGGAUAAGAAGGAACCAGAGGAAUCUGUUGAAGAAAAUACUUCCAAGACAUCUUCACCUUCACCAUCUCCUCCAGCAGCAAAAUCCUGGUCCGCCAUAGCAUCAGAUGCGAUUAAAAGUAGACAAGCUAGUAACAAAACAGUCUCCGGAUCGAUGGUCACUAAAACACCAAUUUCUGGUACGACCGCAGGCGUUUCAUCAACAAACAUGGCUGCGGCGACUAUAGGUAAAUCCAGCUCUCCCCUGUUGUCCAAGCAGCCUCAGAAAAAGGAUAAAAAAUACGUUCCACCUUCUACAAAGGGUAUUGAGCCACUGGGUUCGAUUGCGUUAAGAAUGUGUUUUGAUCCCGAUUUCAUUAGUUACGUUUUACGGAAUAAAGAUGUUGAAAACAAAAUACCAGUCCAUUCCAUUAUUCCAAGAGGCAUAAUUAACAGAGCCAACAUUUGUUUUAUGAGUUCUGUGUUACAAGUGUUACUCUACUGUAAGCCAUUUAUUGAUGUAAUUAACGUUCUCAGUACACGGAAUACCAAUUCAAGAGUCGGCACAUCAUCCUGUAAAUUAUUAGAUGCUUGUUUGACUAUGUAUAAGCAAUUCGAUAAGGAAACCUAUGAGAAAAAAUUCCUAGAGAAUGCUGAUGAUGCUGAAAAAACCACGGAAAGUGAUGCAAAAAAAUCAUCAAAAUCCAAGAGUUUCCAACACUGCGCCACUGCCGAUGCUGUCAAACCUGACGAAUUUUACAAAACUUUGUCUACUAUACCGAAGUUCAAAGACUUGCAAUGGGGCCAUCAGGAAGACGCAGAAGAAUUUUUGACCCACUUAUUGGACCAAUUACACGAGGAAUUAAUUUCUGCAAUUGAUGGCUUAACCGAUAAUGAAAUUCAAAAUAUGCUGCAAAGUAUUAAUGAUGAACAAUUGAAAGUUUUCUUUAUUAGAAAUUUGUCACGUUAUGGAAAAGCAGAGUUUAUCAAAAAUGCUAGUCCUAGACUGAAGGAGUUGAUAGAAAAAUAUGGCGUGAUCAAUGAUGACUCUACCGAAGAAAAUGGUUGGCAUGAAGUGAGCGGAUCUAGCAAAAGAGGCAAGAAAACUAAGACCGCUGCCAAGAGGACUGUCGAGAUUGUUCCAUCACCAAUCUCCAAACUUUUCGGUGGCCAGUUCAGAUCUGUGUUAGAUAUACCGAACAAUAAGGAAUCUCAAUCGAUUACACUCGAUCCGUUCCAAACAAUUCAAUUGGACAUUUCAGAUGCUGGUGUGAAUGAUCUAGAAACUGCAUUCAAAAAAUUUAGUGAAUACGAAUUGCUACCCUUUAAGUCCUCGUCAGGGAAUGAUGUCGAGGCCAAGAAGCAGACUUUUAUUGAUAAAUUGCCGCAAGUUCUUUUAAUCCAAUUCAAAAGAUUCUCAUUCAUAAAUAAUGUGAACAAAGACAACGCAAUGACGAACUAUAACGCGUACAAUGGACGUAUUGAGAAGAUCAGGAAAAAAAUUAAAUAUGGUCACGAGUUAAUCAUACCUGAAGAAUCAAUGUCUUCCAUAACAUUGAAAAACAACACCUCAGGGAUUGAUGAUAGAAGAUAUAAGCUAACCGGAGUUAUAUACCAUCAUGGGGUAAGUUCCGAUGGCGGUCAUUACACAGCGGAUGUUUAUCAUAGCGAGCACAACAAAUGGUAUAGAAUAGAUGAUGUAAAUAUUACCGAACUAGAGGACGAUGACGUUUUGAAAGGUGGCGAAGAAGCUUCUGAUUCGAGGACUGCCUAUAUUUUAAUGUAUCAAAAGAGAAAUUAA